AUGAGAGAAAUUCUUCACAUUCAAGCUGGGCAAUGUGGCAACCAAAUUGGAGGGAAGUUUUGGGAAGUUGUGUGUGAUGAACAUGGAAUCAGUCCUACUGGUAAUUAUGUGGGAAACUCUAGGGUUCAACUUGAGAGGCUUAAUGUUUAUUACAAUGAAGCAAGUGGUGGGAGGUAUGUUCCUAGGGCUGUGCUUAUGGAUCUUGAACCUGGAACCAUGGACAGUUUGAGAACUGGUCCAUAUGGGCAAAUUUUUAGGCCUGAUAAUUUUGUUUUUGGGCAAAAUGGAGCUGGAAAUAAUUGGGCUAAAGGGCAUUACACUGAAGGAGCUGAGUUGAUUGAUUCUGUUCUAGAUGUUGUUCGCAAAGAAGCAGAGAACUGUGAUUGCUUACAAGGAUUUCAAAUUUGUCAUUCCCUUGGAGGUGGAACCGGUUCCGGGAUGGGGACACUGCUCAUAUCCAAGAUCAGGGAAGAGUACCCUGAUAGGAUGAUGAUGACUUUCUCGGUGUUCCCAUCUCCCAAGGUUUCCGAUACAGUGGUCGAACCCUACAAUGCCACUCUCUCGGUUCACCAACUCGUUGAAAAUGCUGACGAGUGUAUGGUUCUCGACAAUGAAGCUCUGUAUGACAUUUGCUUUCGCACACUUAAGCUCACAAAUCCAAGCUUUGGUGAUCUGAAUAAUUUGAUUUCAACAACUAUGAGUGGGGUAACAUGCUGUCUUCGCUUCCCCGGCCAACUGAACUCCGACCUCAGAAAAUUGGCUGUAAACCUAAUCCCAUUCCCCCGUCUACACUUCUUUAUGGUCGGUUUUGCACCCUUGACUUCUCAUGGAUCACAGCAAUACCGAGCCCUCACCAUCCCGGAACUCACUCAACAAAUGUGGGAUGCCAAGAACAUGAUGUGUGCUGCUGAUCCAAGACAUGGCCGGUACCUAACUGCCUCGGCCAUGUUCCGUGGAAAAAUGAGCACGAAAGAGGUUGAUGAGCAAAUGAUCAAUGUACAAAACAAGAACUCCUCUUACUUCGUUGAGUGGAUACCAAACAAUGUUAAGUCGAGCGUUUGUGACAUUCCACCAACCGGGCUGUCUAUGUCAUCUACAUUUGUUGGGAAUUCUACAUCAAUACAAGAGAUGUUUAGGCGCGUUUCCGAGCAGUUUACUGUCAUGUUUAGGCGCAAGGCUUUCUUGCAUUGGUACACUGGGGAAGGAAUGGAUGAAAUGGAAUUUACUGAGGCUGAAAGUAAUAUGAAUGAUUUGGUUUCAGAAUAUCAGCAAUAUCAGGAUGCUGCAGCUGAGAAUGAUGAGGAGGAGGAUUUGGAAAAUUAG